GCGGAGCGAGUUAAUAUUCUACCCGGGAGAAGAGGGCGAAGAGCUCUGUCAUUGGUCGGUCGUUUAUUGGCUACACUGUUUCCCUGCAAGCUCGCCAACCCCACCGAGGCUCUUAUGUUUGUAACCUUCUUAUUUAUUACUAACAGAGCUGGUAUAUGAUAUUCACCGUUAUAAUGCAUCUUCCCUGCCUGUUUUCAGUCUGAAUUGGAGUUCUACGCGACGCAGUUGGAUGGUAGAAAACCAUUCACCGGGAAUGCUCGAUUGUGCAUCCACUGUCCGAUAUUAUUUUCUUAUCUACCUUCCCCUCUCAAGAGGCAACGCACUUUUGAGGAGUAUAUAAACUAUUAUCGACUUGUAUCAUUUACCGACUGGAGUGAUAUUGAACUAUAUUCGCAACGUUUAUCGAGAUGAGAUCACUUGAGAGAGCAUCUCGAUCGAACAAGAGCUAAACUUGUGUAAAAAGCUCAUGGUUAACGGUUUAUCCGUAUCGUUUACAUUUUCAUUGAAGUCGGUGGCUAUAGAUGUUCUCGUUUGAAUGAGUUUGUUGUAUGCUUGAGCGGAUUACGCUGGAUAAAAAAAAGCUGACGGUCUUCAUUCAUCUCUCUCCAUUCGAUCAGUGUGUGCGCAACAAGCAAACCGGACAGACGUGUGAUCAGCAAACGGCGCUAAAACAAAUUUUCAAGUUUUUCCCUUCUACCUCUCAAACUCCAGACUCCACUAAAUAUUGCGUGCAGUGGGAGGAAAAGAAGGAGGAGGGAGGAUUCCAACUGAUGCCUGCCAGGAUUUGUGAGCGUCGAGACCUUGUAACAAGGAACACGUGUGAAAUAGGAGCGGGAUCAACUGUAAAGUGAUACGCCGAGUGGCGUGUAGAAAACAUCGAGGGUGAAACCCCAAUUUGAGGAAACGUAAAGCAGACAUGAGACUGGAGUUUGUAGUUUCAUAGUCUAUACCAAGGAAUGUGAAAUGAGCUCCAAGUAACUUAUCAUAGCGGUGAAUGAACUGGGAUUGAUUAUAAACAAUUAAAUGUCAUCUCACGUUACUUGGAGAAUAGUUUGGAUGUCUUAGGGAAGAUAUUUGAUGUUCUGAUGUGGAAAUUAAUCGGUUGUCAUGGCAACGUGGAAUAUCAUCCUUUCCAUUUUUAUGUUGUGGGGUUGGUGUAGUGGCAGCUAUGGACUCGGAGUGCAUCACGCGAAGAAACAGGGACAUUGUGAGAGGAUAACCAUUGAUUUCUGUCAAGGCAUUGGGUAUAAUAUGACCAAGAUGCCCAACCUAUUUGGACAUGUGACGCAGAGUGAAGCAGCGCCGAGCAUCCACGAGUUCCGUCCCCUGGUCGUCGUCGGUUGCGCCGAGCAUCUUCGUCUUUUCCUCUGCUCGAUGUACGCCCCUAUGUGCUCGGAGCACAUCGAUGUCCGGAUCCCAUCUUGCCAGAGUAUGUGUGAAGAUGUGAGAAGGAAAUGCGAGCCAGUGAUGGCCCGUUUUAGUUUCGGCUGGCCCGAGAGUAUGAACUGCGACAAGCUUCCUCGAGGGAAAGACCUGUGCAUGGUUGCCCCCGACACCGCUGAUGUCGGAGAAGUCAUUCCGACCUACGAUCCCAUCUAUAACAACGGAGGGGGGCCUGAUGAUAACAACCAAUCUGGUCCGCCUGGAGAUGGUGAGAGGGGAUCGAAUGAGACGUCAUUGGCACCGCCGACUUGCAUCAAUCCUAAGAAAUUUGUCUUCGUGUCGCAAACGAACUCCUGUGCGCCGAGGUGCGACGUCGACGUCUAUUUCCAACGAUCCGACAAGGAAUUUACAGAGAUGUGGAUGGGUGUCUGGGCAAUCCUCUGUUUCGUCUGCACUUCCAUCACCGUCCUCACUUUUCUGAUAGAUCGUGGUCGUUUCAAGUACCCAGAAAGACCUAUCAUCUUCUUAUCUAUGUGCUACAACAUCUAUUCCAUCACAUACAUUGUUCGACUUAUUGUUGGCCCACAGGCCGUUGCUUGUGAGAAGACGUCAAGCGGCGUUCCAUACUUGAUCCAAGAGGGUCUUGACAGCACCGGAUGUACCAUCGUGUUCCUGUUCCAGUACUACUUCUUCAUGGCUUCGUCGAUUUGGUGGGUGAUUCUGACGUUGACGUGGUUCUUGGCAGCUGGGAUGAAAUGGGGUUAUGAAGCCAUAGCAGCAUACAGUAGCUACUACCAUGUUGUUGCUUGGGCAUUGCCAGCUUUAAAGGCCGUCAUCGCCCUCUUCAAACGUCGCCUCGACGCCGACGAGCUGACUGGAAUGUGUUACAUUGGAAACCACGACCCUGAUGUUCUUACAUACUACGUUCUCGUCCCGCUUUUUAUUUAUUUCGCAAUCGGGACCCUUUUCAUUCUUGCUGGAUUUUUCUACUUAUUUAGGAUUCGCAAAGUCAUGAAAAAUGGCGGCACCAAUAUUGACAAGCUAGAGAGGUUAAUGGUUCGUAUUGGGAUCUUUUCAGUACUCUACACAGUGCCUGCUACUGCAGUUAUUGCUUGUUAUUUCUAUCAGAGAUCGAACAUGGAUUACUGGAGGAUUGUAGCAGAACACGCCCCUUGCCAGCCCCUUCCACCAGAACAAGGAGGGGGUUGUGCCCCAAUGAAUUAUUCCAUCCCAUCCGUCCCCGUUUUAUCAGUGAAACUCUUCAUGUUACUUGUGGUGGGCAUCACGAGUGGUAUGUGGAUUUGGAGUUCAAAAACCGUGCAAUCGUGGCAGAAAUGGCUCGGCGGAUGUGCCCUUUUUAAACCAGCACAAAAAUCAUCAUUUCAACAGCAGCAGUUAAAGCAGCAACAGCAGCAGCAGUAUCCAAAUGGGGGAACACCGAACAAAGGGAACAGGGCCCCGACGCCCCGGGGGAAGUAUCCAACAAUAAAUGGCAACAACAGAAGCACCGGGAUCGUUUACAGUUCUGUGAACGCAAGCAGUGCCAUUGUAUGACGCUUGAAAGGGAUAUGUACUCCAAAGAGUUUUUCCUUCAUUUUUAAAGGAGAAUGAAACCCUUGAAACUAGCUGAAUCCAUAUCAAAGAGAAAAAUAAAAAAAACAUAUUGUUGAAAGUUUGAGGAAGAUUGAAUGAAUAAUAAGAAAGUUAUGAGCAUUUGAAUAUUGAGAUCACUAGUGCCAUGUAGAUCCUCCCAUCGGCAAUGCGACCAAGAUCUGUGAUAUCACACACGUACAACUCCCUCAUUACUUUAGUACUUAUUUCACUUAUAUUCUCACUUUUAUAGAGUCUAUCACAAGGUUAUGUGUUUUCUUUAUGAGAUGACAAGUACAGAGGUUUCACAACAUUAUAUCAUUGAUGAAUCGUUUGUCCUAUGAUUAGAAUGAGCAAAAAGAGAUGUUUUGGGGUAUAUUUUCAGUGUCCGAAUGGGAGAGUUGUACGUGUGUGACAUCACAGAUCUUGGUCGCAUUGCCAAUGGGAGGAUCUCCAUAGCAUUAGUGAUCUCGACAUUCAAAUGCUCAUAACUCUUUUAUUGCUAGUCCUAUUUUACUCAAAGUUUUGUUGAUCUUAUUCUUUGAUUUUUCUGCUUUCACAAAAGCUAACUUGCUCCAAGAGUUUCAUUCUCCUUUAAAGAGAGAUUAAAUGUAUAUUGUGUUCACAAUCGGCUAUUAAACCAUCGAGAGGUUUUUCUUUCGACAACGGUCACAUGUUAUUAUUCCCGACGUCGACCCUCUCUUUGGUUCACCCUGUAAAUCUUAACAAGACAUCUCGUUUUUAUAGCUUCUUGUAAUGUAAUUACAUUGAGUCUGUAUUGUAGGAUGUGUUUUGUACCGAUUCGCAUGCAAAGUGGGACAGUUUUGUUACAUUGUAUAAAUAAGUUUCGAAUAUAAAUUUUGCAAUGAAAUGAGUUUGUCAUUGGCGUGGCGUCCACUAUAGCGUUCUUGAGAUAGUAAUUAUCUUCAUAUACAAUUUUGUUGAUGUUGCCAGAGAAAAUUGUUAUGAAAUGGCAUUGGUUUCUGGCUUAAUUCCCCUCCAUUACCAAUUUAUGUUUGUCAAUCUCCCAAAUAUAGUAUAUACGUUUUAUUUUGUGAUGUGUAUAUCUUCCGUUUUCUGUGAAUUACUGGUUUGAUAUUCUGUUGAGCUAAUGUAUCGAACAUUUGGGGGGGGGGGGGGGUAUACAGUAUAGUGCACAGUAUUAAAUUCAUACAAAGUAUGUUUAUCAUAUAAAACCAUCCCAACAUUAGCAAUGCCUUUUUAAAAUUUGCCCCCACUUUUCCCUUUAAUUUGAGGUGAUGGUCUAUGACUGAGGCGUUGGAAUUAUUCUGUUUUAUCAUCCCCCCUAAUCCUCCACAUCCAAUCAGAAUGAUCAACUUAAUUCAAUAGAAUCGAUUGAGAAAGCUGGUCGAAUUGAUUUCAUACCCCAGCGACCCCCGUUCACGCCUAGCCUGAUCCCUCCAAACCUCCAAUACCACCACCACUUGACAAUGACAUUGGUAUAACCGGAUUUCACACUCGGGCCACCUGUACGCGUUAGCAGAGACACUCCACGAUUCUUAUCCCGCUGCGAUUUUUAUCAACAUUGGCUCUUUCACAGAGUUUCAGCAACAAUGGCGUCAUUGGCGUGCGCCCUUUGGGGUCCUUGUUUAUUUAUUUCAAUUCCAUAAUUUUCCCUUUACCCCCACUUCUUCAAUUUCAUCUCUGUUUGCCAUUCAUGCUUUGGAGGAAGUUUCCGCCCAAGUAGACGAGAAGAAAAUGUUCUUUAAGAAUCGGAAUCAACCCGUCAGGAUGGAUGCAAGUCAGCAUCACUGAUUGAAUAUUAUUCGAUUGGAUUAGCUUUGACCCUUUUAAUUUCUGAAAAGGUUCUCUCUUCCCUGCUGCCGUGUAAUAAACAAAAACAGUGCUGGGGGUAUCAUGCAAUAUUACUAAAUAUCUCACACCUCGACUGCGAUAUUUCAUUACAUUUACUGGCAGGAGACGCGAGGUACAUUACACAAACAUAGUUCACCUACCGGAUCAAUCCGAAUAUCUGGUUAUUAAUCAUUGAUCAGUUCGUUUGGUCAAUUUCGUUAUCGAGAGUCCCCUACCGCAUCAUAAAACGACAAAGGCGUCCGCCGAUGAGAAAAAAAAAUCAAUGAAUAAUUGCUAGUUUGUCCAUUAGCAAUUUGUAUACACUCAUGGGGCGGCAGUCUUUGUAUUUAACAUGUUUGUAGCAAGUACAAAGAACCGAUAACGAAUAAUAAAUUGCCCGUUAUUCGUUUGUUGGCAGCUCUGAUCAAAACACGAUAUGAUAUUGAAAUGAUUAAGAGGUAUUUAUGGCAUUUCAUGACAGUAAUGUUAGCAUGGUAGCCUAUGUCAACCAUGAAUGUUUCGUUGUUUAUUAGUUAGGGCAGAAAUAACCUUUAUUAAAUAAAGUAUUUUCUCCCUCAAUUUAUAUAAUUGUGAUCCUGAGUACAAUACGUGAAUACACUAUUCCCUAGAAAAAUGUAUAUGGAUGAUUUCAUUUUCAAACGACUUUUUUGGCUUCAUACCUUCAAAUUAAUAUGAUAAUAUAUAUUGAAUUCUAAAGUGCUAUUAUAUACCACCAUCAUAAAUUCAACAAUCGUGUGCAAUAUGUUCAAAUACUUGCUAUAGAGACGAAGGUAGAUUAUGAUCUUUGCCGAAGUCGACGACCUGCUUACAAAAGAUAUAAUGCAGUCGUGAUUCAAAUCUCAUCGUUGAAAUUGAUUUUUAUUUUCUAUUGACUGAGUCAACAUCCCCAAUACCAUAAUUUUGAUAUUCAUAAGGGUGACGUACACGAACAAAAUAUAUUGUGUUUAAUACAGAGGUGGAUAUGAUUCAAUGACCACAUCGAUUUUGAUUUAUUCAAUUAAUUGUUCGUAACUAAUGCAAAUUAGUAAGGAGUGUCUAAGGUUUGCAAUGUCUGUAUACAACGCAUCUAAUCAGAUUUAUCCCACAACCUUUUACGAAUCGCUUUCAUAGUGGCCUCAAAUGAUUGAUCCAUUAUUAUGAAACUUUGAUUUUAGGCAAUCUUUAGCCCCAAAUCAAUUAUAAAACAUAAUGUUGAUCGAUUAGAUAAUUUGAAUUUGGAAAUCGUUUUGUUCUCAAGGUAUGCUAUAUAGGCCUAAUCGUGAUAAUCGUAGCAUUGUGUGUCCUUUAUUAAUAUUUGAAGUUCCUUCAACGGUGAACGCUGAAGGAACAUGAUAAUAUUUUCAAUCCUAUAUAGGAAUAUUGCAAAACGAUGUUUUGAUUGUUGUAUUGUUCGUAUAGAGAAGUGCUCAUGGAAUACGGUGAAACCCCCUUGCUAAUUGGAGUCUGAAUAAUUAUUUCAAGGUCAUCGCAAGGUGUGUUAGACUUUGAAGGUUAACGCAUUGUUAUGAGAUCAACAUGAUAAUGUUUUUCAUGUAAACCCACUCAAUGACGGGAUUUGUCUAAAUAAGUACCCCCGCCCCAACCCGUUUGAAGGUUACUGUGAAUAUCAUAUACCAGUGAGAAACCAUUAAUUUUAAUGAACCCUCUAACAACACAGAAUCCCCCAUCACCCACCCUCCCUCAUUUUCUUCAAACUUUCGUUGUCUAUAGCAUCGAUGAGCCCCCACCCCCCCCCCCCCUCCAAACGAUAACACAUUCAACUUUGCUUACUAUUUCUCAUUAUACUGAUGGUGAAAUAAUUACAGUGCUGUUUUGAAUUAGCAUGUAGAAUGGAGCCAAGUCAACUAUUCCCUCCACCCUUCAUGGUUCGGUGUUAUCAUGCAUGUAUUACUAUUUGUACUAGUGAAUGCUACAUUUGAUUGUUGAUAUGGUUUUUACGGUUUUAUCACGAUGUGACGAUUUACAAGUGGUUGGGUUUUUUUAACGCCGACUACAUCUUUAGUCACCCAAAACAAUGCAAAUACAACCUUAUCUUUAUUUCGCCUUUGUCAAAUUCUCUAUCGCAGUGGAAUAGCUUGGCCUUUGGAACAGGCCCCUUUGAACAGUCGUUUUCUCGGCUGCAUUUAUCAAAGCUUCGAUUCUUUUUUAUUGCCCCGACUGGCAGAAAUGACAAGGUUAAAUGAAAAAACCGAUUUAGAAGUCAUUUCUUACACAAAAGCCGCCCCUGCAUUCGAAUGUAUAUAGGUCGAGCCACACGCCUAUGCUAUAGUACUGCAUUCAGUUUUAAAGUGGCGCUUGAAACAUAUUUGUAUUGUAACUGCAUGCAGUAUCAAUGUGCAAAAGAUAAGCGAUUUUAACUUAUAGUUUAUAAUCUCACUGAAUAAAUAUUUAUAGCUGAUAUCGAAUUGGAAACGGAUUUGAAUUCUCAAAAUCAAUGAAUUGAUAUUUGAAUUGACUAGUUAGAUUAUGAACCACAUUGAGUAUUUUGCUCUCAGAUGUUAUACACAUUAUGCUUUAAGAGAUUAUUCAUUAAAUUAAUAUAGACAUGGAAAAAAACAAGUCAAAUUAAUUAAAUGAUUUAAAUAAUGCUUGAUUUUGACUUAAAUGGUCUAUAAGAGAUCAUUGUAUAAGCAGGAUAUAGGCCUAUAAACCCGAUUUCUGUUUUUAUAAUGAAUUAAAUCGUAUAAUGUACAUGUAUGCAUUUUUCAAAUACAUUUUUUAAAUUGCUAAUGGCAAUGUAUUCAUUAUGAUAUCGUGUAUUGAUCUUUGAUUAUAUUAUUCAAAAGGAAUUGUCAUAAUAACUGAUGUGUUGCUUAUAAGUGCCCGCCCUAAUAACAAAAGUGGUCAAAAUCAACAAAUUUAUUGGUUAAUGUCCACAGAAUUUCGGUUAAUAUAGACAAUUUUUCGCUCGGACACAUGUCAUAUCAAUUGACCAAUAGAUCUGUCAUUUUAACCAACCCUUUUAAGAGUGUUAGCCAUGAACCUAUAUAGAUUCAGUUUUCAAAUGCUGACCAUAAAUUCAGAAUACAUUAUCAAAAUAUUACGAUUAUCCUGCUUGAAAGCUGUUUUUAUUUCGAAAAAUCACUCAAAUUAUUCUUUGGUAUUCAAUUCAGAAUACAUGCUCAAAAUAUUACAGCAAACUAAACAGUUUGUAAUGCGUCGAAUAUUUUGUAAUGAUUAAAUGACUGACGCGUGAUGUUGCAUGAGAUCCAAUCAACGUAUAACUUUCAAGGGCAACCCCCAAUGUUGAUGACCAUAAGUUUGGAAACUCAUUGAAUUAACCACUUUGGCACGUACCGCAGCCCACUUGUUAAAAAGGCAUUGCCAAUGUGGUUUUUAGAUUCAUUUUUAACGAGUUGGAGCAAAAGUACUGAAUACGUAUGUAUAGGGGUGACGAUAUAUAUUCAGCCUUAAUGCAAUAAUCCUGAUUAUCCUGCCUGAAAAUUCUUUUUUCGAAAAAAACCUCUCUAAAUAUUAUUUAGUUCAUCACAAAUACCUUGGAAUAAAGAUUCUAAUGAAGAUUAAUUUUGUCUGUGUGCAUUUCCAGCAGUAUAGGCCUACUCAUCAGUGUAUAAUGAUAACCCCUAUCUUGCAAGGACUCAUUAUCAACUGUACCUUUAAAUUUACCCGAUCUAUAAAUUAAUUCUUCUUCCUUCUCUCUUUUGUUCGCUCGCCUCUUUAUUUUUCACAUGCAUUCGGAACAGUUUAAUGAUAUCCCGAAGUGCAAGUUCAAACAUUUUAUGAUGCGAUCCAAUCGUUACAGACCUAGAAACAGACCUAGUUUUGUGGUGUUCAACCUAUAGGAGCGGCGAUAUAUAGGAAGAGAGGGGACAGGAUAUAAAUUCCCCUUAGAUUUCAAAUAAUGAAAAAAAUAGGGAAAGGGAAAAGAAAAGAAAAAAAAUACAACAUACUUAUAAAUAUACACCAAUUUUUAAAUCGAAGGGUUAGGCCAUAACACCUUUUUGGUCACCUUUGUCACCCCUCCCCUCCCCAGAAGUACCCUUGAACCCCCCCCCUGUUUCACACUAAGUAUGUUAACUGAAAUAUUUGCAAACUCCGUCGGGAUUUUUAAUAGCCUUGGGGAACAUAAUGAUGGAAAUAUAAUUUACAAUGUUACAUGUUUUGACCUCACGUACACAGUAGAAUGAUGGAAAACAAAUUACGACAGGAAUCGCCAUAUCUGGCGACUGCAUUUUUUUGUUCUUUUAAUAUCAAACGAAAUGUUAAGAUUAUGAUCACAAAGACAUUGAAACGAUCAAACUUUGUAUGUAUUUGUACACAAGAACGUUUUGAUGUCUAUCCUGUAGGCUCAUAUUGCUGUGUAGUUUUGUAUUCAGAAUACACGUGAAUUGUAUGAUAUGACAUCACGUUUUUGUGCGAUAAAGUAUAUAGUGUGUGUUUGGCGCCACUCUUAUAAAAUGAUGAUCAGGGAAUCUGAUUCUAAAAGUGCAUCAGCACUGGGACGUCACCACAUCGUAAAAUAAAGUACAGAUUACCCUUCCCAAUAACGCCUCUCUCCCCCUCCCUCACUUACCGUCCGUUUCACUUAUCUCUCCCUCCUUUGCAUAUAUAUACUGUCUUUUUCUCUCUCUCUCUUCUGUUUCUUUCUCUCCCCCUCUCUCUGAAUUUCUCCUCUUCUUUCCCCGUCCCCGUCUUCACUCUCUUCUCUUCUGUCUAUCUUUAUAUCCCCUCCCUCCACCCCCUCUCACUUCCCUCCUCUCUUCCUUUUCUCUUCUUUAUCUUUUCUCUUUACAUUCCUCUCUCUCUCUCUCUUUCUUCCUCCCAAGUCUGUUAUGACUUUCAUCCUAACGAUCAUGAUCGGUUCGAGAGGCUACUUUGUCCUGUCAUUACCCAUAAUGGUUUCCGUUGAUCUUUUGAUUAUAUCCUAAUUUCGGCAAUUCUUAUGUUAUUGUAACUCAUCAGUGUAUGUGAUAUAGGGAUAGCCCAUCUCCCCCUUCACCCUAUUGGCUAUGAAAGCAGUUGUCAUGGUAACCACAUUGUAAAAGGUUAGGUAACAUUUAGCGCCUAUGCUAUAUAGCAAAAAGAAGAAUGUUGUCACAUGUUAUUUUACGUAAAUUGUCCAAAACAUAUCCAGCUAAAAGUAAAAACGCAAUAAAUGCAUGUAAUUGUUAAAACAUUAUUGUAAAAUUCAUUGUAUAUUUAUGACAGACCACUUUUCAUAAAAUUUAGCAAUUUUGAUUUGCCUCCCUUUGACUUGGCAUAUCAGCAUUAGCAAUAAACUGAGGUUGCUAAAUCAGCAGUAAAUUGAAAAAGGAUGUCUGAUAAUAAAUCGCAAUGUUUAUGUUUGUUUUGGAUCAUGUGUUGUGCCAAUUAUGACUCAAAUAUUCUACUUUCAGUGUACUUUGUAAACAAACCUGCGACAGAUACCAAAAUAAUGCAUCCGUUUUGCGAUACUGCCUCUGAAAAAAGGACUCGCCUCAUAAGUCGCCUUUUGGCAUUCUAUAUCCAAUCGACUUCAAAAUAAUAACAAUAGUGAUUAUUCAUCUAGAUCUAUAGGGGUUCUAUUUGUCUGUGAUUUAUUUUUGUUAUCAAUUGAGUUCCUCAUUUGUAAUGAUUCCAUAUUUUACAAGCUUGUCCCAGUUCUAUGUGAUCGCUCGCCGACGCCGCCACGUUGUAUUCAGUAUUUAUCAUUGCUUUAUACAUUUGAAAACUAGAUCCACUGUUCUGUGUAUUGACAAUGAAAAAGAGAUUUAUGACAACAGACUGUCAUGUUGAAGAGAAUAUUAUGAUAAUAAACAGAAUUUGUAUAUUUCGUGCA